AUGAUUGGCGUCGUUCUUCUAAUGCAAACUAUGUGUGGUGAGAAGUGUGCCAACGAGAGUGGAAGUUAUCAGUUCGUCUCAAAAGGGUCAAUACCACUCGUUUUGAGCAUUUCCAAAACUUCUCCACAUCUCAUUCAGCCUGAACUUAUGCAGGUCCACGCUUGGCGGGACUCGAACCCAAAACCAAAUGCCCCCAAUUGCUUGGAGUUCCCGGAUGAGAUGGGAAGGGAUGGGGCGGGCCUCAGCUCUAGCAUCAGUCCUUAA